AUGUUCUUUCUUCUACGAUAUUUUCAUGUUGUUAUUAUUCUGACAUUCAAUAUAGUUUUCUUUUCUUCUGCCUACGAUGUUGGUGUUGACUAUCAUGCAACUGGAACUAAUUUUACUGAUACCGUCUUCAUAACACAAUAUCAUAUUCCAAGUAUACGAUCAAUAGUUUUAGCUCAACUUCAAGGCAUUACUGAUAAAGGUGCAACUUUUGUUUCUUUACGCAUAUGGUUUGUUGCACAACCUGAUACAACAAAUGAUCAGCAUUGGCAAGCCACAUUUCCAAUGAGUGUACAAGAGACGAUCAAUUUGCAUCAAUAUGCUGAAGAUGUAGCUUCAAUUCAGAGUACAAUUGAUGGCCAUCGAUUGCAUUUAGAUGUUUGUCUCUUAUGGUUAGGUGUUGCAGAUUAUACAAUUGGUAAUCUAACUGAUGGCUUUGGAUAUUAUCAUCUAAAUACUAGUGAAUUUACAUCACGUGUCGAAAAGACAAUGGAUAGUGUCCUUCAAGCACUUGCUAAUGUCAAACGUCCGGAUGGUGUUUUGCUAGUAAAAACUAUUUAUCUUGAAGGUGAAGUCAUGAUUGGAGCAAAAGCAAAUCAAGACUGGUUUCUUUCUACACAUUACCCACGUUUUAUACAGAUUGUCACAAAUGCUAAUUUUACUCCAGCUAUCUAUUUUCUAAUCGAUGGACUUGAAGAGCAUGUUCUUCAAGCUGACUAUAUUGAUGCACAAUUUCCAGCUUUAAAUGGACAUCGAUCAAUGUAUUGGGUCUAUCGUAGUUUGAAUUUUCUAAAAACUCAAAAAUUACCAUUACCAUUACGCAUUGAUUUCUCCUGUUAUAUCGAUCGUGAUAAAGCCACAUAUGCAAAUUUAACUAAACAUAUUUUUAAUGAUGCAUCAGCAUCUUUAUCUGUUCUUGGUGCUCCCGAUUUAUAUGGCGUUGCUGAAACGUAUUAUUUCGUUAAUAAUACACAACGCAAAGAAUAUGGACAAGCUUUUGCAAUUGAAGCUUUGUCUAAUUCACGUCUUAAUCGACUCAGCUUUUGGACAACACCUGAUGCUGGAGGAAAAGGAAUCAAUGUUGCUUAUCCAUUUGCUAUUGAAGAUUUUCUUCUACCUUCUUCAUAUUGA